AUGGGCUUGUUCAGCUCUUCCAGGUCGAAACAACAAGCGACUUUGCGUCCAGAUUCGAUCAUUUCUCGCGGCUUCGGGCGUCGCAGCCGAAGCCGCAGCCAAGGGGAAGUCGUUGAUCGAUCCUUUCAACCACAUUCAGUGCCGACUACGAAUUUUGCCCCUUCAUAUCCCCUGGAGGCCCCGCCAGCAUACACAGCGCAGGCACCAUCAAAUACAUCUACCAACGCAUCAUGUUCCGAUUCGCCAUAUGCGUUCCUCACACAAUUUGAUACCGUUUUUCUUAUCGAUGAUAGCGGCAGUAUGGCUGGGCGCAGUUGGAGGGAGACCGAAGCCGCUCUGUCGGCCAUCGCGCCAAUCUGUACGCAGUUCGAUGCUGAUGGAGUGGAUAUCUACUUCUUGAACCAUAUAAACAGACAACCUUCCCAGAACACGGGCGCAUACCGCAGCAUUACCUCGCCGGUCGAGGUGCAUGAAGUCUUCACCAGCGUGUCUCCAAGAGGCGGAACCCCGACGGGAAAAAGACUGGGUCAGAUCUUGAAACCAUACCUUGACCAGUUAGAAUCCUUGAUUGAGAACGACCGGUUUGCCAGCUCCGAUUCGUUGCUGCGACCGCUGAACCUCAUCGUCAUUACGGAUGGUGUUCCAACGGACGACGUGGAAAGCGUGAUUGUCAGUGCGGCACGGAAGUUGGACCGACUGAACGCCCAGCCGUGGCAGAUUGGAAUUCAGUUCUUCCAGGUUGGUAAUGAACCUGAUGCAGCGGAGGAUCUUCGCGAGCUCGACGAUAGCCUUGCAGGUCAACAGGGUGUACGGGAUAUGGUUGAUACGGUACCGUGGAACGCAAACAAUGGCGGAGCUAUCACUGCAGAGGGUAUCUUAAAAGUUGUGCUUGGUGCGGUGCAUAGAAAGUAUGACCGCAGAAAUGCGGCGGGAAGAAGGGAAUGA